CCACCCGCCCGGGUUGGAGGCAGGGCAGCAGCCGGCUUUAAAGUAGCGGCCUGGAAGAAAGGAAGGAAGAAACGAGGGAGGAGCGGAACGCCUGAGGAGGAGCAGCGAGCUGGGCUGCAGAGUCGGAGGCUGGAGGAGCCGCCCGGGAGAGGCCACCUUGGUUUUUGUUAUUUUCCAUUGGAAUAGUUCUCCGGGACUGAGCGGGCCGCAACCCCGCGCCCCCGACCUUCCAGGUGACAGCCGGUCACCCUGCUAGCAGUCAGCUCCGCCCUGAGUCACCCCUUCCCGCCCACAGCCCCACUCUCCGCCCAGCCUUCCAGGGCUAGCGCUGGGCGAGCGCGCGGCCGCAGCGGGCUGCAGAAGCGGGAGCAGCUGACCGCGGCCGGCUUGGUCCCCAAUCCCGAGGACGGGCGGCAGGAGGACAGGGGAGUCCGGAAGCGCAAUCUCCAGGAAGGAGAAUGCGCGCGUGAGCCUCGGUCUCCCCUCUAGUCCAUUGCGCUGCAGCCGGAGUCUCCUAGCCGCGCCCGGGAAAGUGUCGCAUGGGGCAGGGCCGCUGAAGCGCGGACUUUAAGGGCUCCCACGGUGGCACCAAGGCAGGCGCGGGGCCUGGGGCGACAGUUGGCAGUUUCCGCGGCGCCUGCACAGUGAGAGUUGGGGGCGCGGCGCCCUCGCUAGGCGCGAGUUAUGGAGUCGCCUAGCUGCAUUCAGGAUGAGCCUUUCCCGCACCCUCUGGAGCCCGAGUCGGGUACCCCAGCGCAGCCAGGUGCCACCAAGCCCGGUGACAAGCGCUUCCGGCUAUGGUACGUGGGAGGGUCGUGCUUGGAUCGCAGGACCACGCUGCCCAUGUUACCCUGGCUCAUGGCCGAGAUCCGCCGGCGCAGCCAGAAGCCUGAGGCGGGCGGCUGCGGGGCGCCCGCGGCCCGCGAGGUGCUCCUGGUGCUUAGCGCGCCCUUCCUGCGCUGCGUCCCCGCGCCGGGUGCCGGGGUCGGUGGGGGCGCUGGCUCCGGGACUGUGCAGCCCAACACCGGGGUGUUCAUCUUCGAGCACAAGGCGCAGCACAUCUCGCGCUUCAUCCACAACAGCCACGACCUCACCUACUUUGCCUACCUGAUCAAGGCGCAACCAGACGACCCCGAGUCUCAGAUGGCCUGCCACGUUUUCCGAGCCACCGACCCUAACCAGGUUCCAGAUGUGAUCAGUAGCAUCAGGCAGUUGUCCAAGGCGGCCAUGAAAGAGGAUUCCAAACCCAGCAAAGACAAUGAGGACGCCUUCUACAACUCCCAGAAGUUUGAAGUGCUUUACUGUGGGAGGGUGAUCGUCACCCACAAGAAGGCACCCUCCAGUCUCAUUGACGACUGCAAGGAGAAGUUCAGCCUGCACGAGCAGCAGCGGCUGAGGCUGCAGGGCGAGAAGGCUGGGGACCCUGGGGACGAGCUGGGUGUCUUUGAGGCUGAGUCUCCUGUGUCUCCAGAUGACAUCCUGCCUGAGAAGUCAGACGGUGUGGUCAACAGUCACCAUGCCCUGCCCUCCCUGGCCAGCCAGCCCACACUGGCCAGCUCUCGGGUUUGCUUCCCAGAGAGGAUUUUGGAAGACUGUGGUUUUGAUGAACAGCAGGAGUUCCGAUCGCGGUGCAGCAGCGUCACAGGCGUCAUGCAGAAGAAGGUCCACGACAACAACCGGAAACCACAGCCAAGGAGGAGGCACGCAAGCGCGCCCAGUCACGUGCAGCCCUCAGAUUCGGAGAAGAACAGGACCAUGCUCUUCCAGGUUGGCCGUUUUGAGAUUAACCUCAUCAGUCCAGACACUAAAUCGGUCGUGCUGGAGAAGAAUUUCAAAGAUAUUUCCUCUUGUUCUCAGGGAAUAAAGCACGUUGAUCACUUUGGCUUCAUCUGUCGGGAGUCUCCAGAGCCGGGGCUGAGCCAGUACAUCUGUUAUGUGUUCCAGUGUGCCAACGAGUCCCUGGUGGAUGAGGUCAUGCUAACUCUGAAGCAAGCUUUCAGCACGGCCGCUGCACUGCAGAGCGCCAAGACCCAGAUCAAGCUGUGUGAGGCCUGCCCCAUGCACUCUUUGCAUAAGCUCUGUGAGAGGAUUGAAGGUCUCUACCCACCGCGAGCCAAGCUGGUCAUCCAGAGGCAUCUCUCUUCACUGACCGAUAACGAGCAAGCCGACAUCUUUGAACGUGUUCAGAAAAUGAAGCCCAUCAGUGACCAGGAAGAGAAUGAACUUGUGAUCCUGCACCUGCGCCAGCUCUGUGAAACCAAGCAGAAGACCCACGUGCACAUCGGGGAAGGGCCAGCGGUUGUUCCAAAUAGUACCGUCCCAGAAAAUUCAACAAGUGGUGGGAGGUUCAAGCUUGACAUUCUGAAAAACAAAGCAAAGAGAUCCUUAACUUCUUCCUUGGAAAACAUCUUCUCUAGGGGAGCUAACAGAAUGAGAGGCCGGCUUGGCAGCGUGGACGGCUUCGAACGGUCCAGCAGUCUGGCUUCAGAGAAGGACUUCUCACCAGGGGACUCGCCUCCCGGGACACCACCGGCCUCCCCGCUGUCCUCUGCCUGGCACACCUUCCCUGAGGAGGAUUCGGACUCUCCACAAUUUCGAAGACGGGCUCACACGUUCAGCCACCCACCUUCAAGUUCAAGGAGGAAGCUGAACUUGCAAGAUGGGAGGGCUCAUGGCCUAAGGUCCCCUCUGCUGAGGCAGAGUUCCAGUGAGCAAUGCAGCAUUCUCCCGUCAGCCCGACGCAUGUACAAGGAGAGUAAUUCUUCCUCCAGCCUUCCAAGCCUUCACACUUCCUUCUCUGCCCCUUCCUUCACUGCCCCCUCUUUCCUGAAAAGCUUUUACCAGAAUUCAGGUAGACUGUCCCCACAGUAUGAAAAUGAAAUCAGUGAUGGAGAAGGGAGAAAAAGGACCUCAUCCACCUGCAGCAACGAGUCCCUAAAUGCUGGAGGAACGCCUGUCACUCCACGCAGAGUCUCCUGGAGGCAGCGUAUUUUCCUCCGGGUCGCAUCUCCUGUGAACAAGUCCCCAUCAGCAAUGCAGCAGAAAGAUGGACUGGACAGGGCCGAGCUGCUCCCGUUAUCCCCUCUCACUCCCACCAUGGAGGAAGAGCCCCUCGUCAUAUUCUUGUCUGGUGAUGAGGACACAGAAAAAGCUGAAGAAAAAAAGAAAUCAAAGGAACUGAAGAGUCUGUGGAAAAAAGCUAUACACCAGCAAAUCCUGUUGCUUCGGAUGGAGAAAGAAAACCAGAAACUGGAAGCAAGAAGAGAUGAACUCCAGUCUAGAAAAGUGAAGCUGGACUAUGAAGAAGUUGGUACCUGUCAGAAGGAAGUCUUAAUAACAUGGGACAAGAAGUUGUUGAAUUGUCGAACUAAGAUCAAAUGCGACAUGGAAGACAUUCAUACAUCCCUUAAAGAAGGGGUCCCCAAAAGUCGGCGAGGGGAAAUUUGGCAGUUUCUAGCAUUACAGUACCGCUUGAGACACAGAUUGCCCAACAAACACCAGCCUCCAGACACCUCCUAUAAGGAACUUCUGAAGCAGCUCACUGCGCAGCAGCAUGCCAUCCUCGUGGAUCUGGGGAGGACAUUUCCCACUCACCCGUACUUUUCAGUACAGCUUGGGGCGGGACAGCUGUCCCUCUUUAACCUGCUGAAAGCCUACUCCUUGCUGGACAAAGAGGUGGGCUACUGUCAGGGGAUCAGCUUUGUGGCCGGAGUCCUGCUUCUGCACAUGAGCGAGGAGCAAGCUUUUGAAAUGCUGAAGUUCCUUAUGUACGACCUGGGCUUCCGCAAGCAGUACCGACCGGAUAUGAUGUCACUUCAGAUCCAGAUGUACCAGCUGUCCAGACUCCUUCAUGACUACCACCGAGAACUCUACAAUCAUCUGGAGGAGAAUGAGAUCAGCCCCAGUCUUUAUGCUGCGCCCUGGUUCCUCACACUCUUUGCCUCUCAGUUUCCCUUAGGAUUUGUAGCCAGAGUUUUUGAUAUUAUUUUUCUUCAGGGAACUGAAGUUAUAUUUAAAGUUGCCCUCAGUUUACUGAGCAGCCAGGAGGCACUUAUAAUGGAGUGUGAAAACUUUGAAAAUAUUGUUGAAUUUCUCAAAAACACAUUACCCGAUAUGAAUACCACUGAAAUGGAAAAAAUUAUUACCCAGGUUUUUGAGAUGGAUAUUUCUAAACAGUUACAUGCCUAUGAGGUAGAAUAUCAUGUGCUACAGGAUGAGUUUCUGGAAUCUUCUUAUGCUUGUGAGGAUACAGAAUCCCUGGAGAAGCUGGAGAGAGCCAACAACCAAUUGAAAAGACAGAACAUGGACCUUCUAGAAAAACUCCAGGUAGCCCACGCUAAAAUCCAGGCCUUGGAAUCCAACCUAGAAACUCUUUUGACCAGAGAGACCAAAAUGAAGACUUUAAUCCGGACCUUGGAACAAGAUAAGAUGGCUUAUCAAAAGACAGUGGAGCAAAUCCGGAAGCUGCUGCCAGCUGAUGCGCUGGCCAACUAUGAAUUGCUGCUGAGAGACCUAACUUACCCCAGUAAUGACAAAGCCAAGACAGGAAAUAAGCCAUAGUUCCAGAGUGGCCUCGGCAUGGAGCUUCCUUACAAUACCUGGAAGGAGGUACCUGUGCACUGCUGGUCUAAGGUCGACCAGAAGUCUGGUGGGACACCUGCUACUGGUGCUGAGAUCAUCAGUAGGUGAUGUAGCUCUCCGCAGAGCACUCCACUCCUAAGCCAUCACAGACAUCCAGACUGCAUCUUCUUGUGGCUGUUGUCAACUCUGUACAUAAAUAUAUAUAUAAGUGGACAUAAAGAUUCGUGCUUUCCAAUCAAACGGUAGAUAUGUAUUCAGAGCAAUUUUUGUUUUUCAGUCAAAUUAAUUCCACACCCAAAGGAAGUUCAAGUGAGAUUUCCCUUUGGACAGAGGUGGAAUCCUUUUGUUUUUCUAGUGAAACAAAUCUAGAACAUCUUUGUAUAUUGAAAUAUACUUGAAAAAAAUGAAUGUAUCUUCCCCCCAAAGACUAGCAUGUUUUACCUAGUGUUGUAGGCGGACACAUUUCUGUAGCUUUAUGUGUCUGUCUAUGGAAAGGACAUGACUAGCUGCCAGUCUUGCUCCGUGAAGUCUCUUAGGAUGGUGGGGCCCUUCUGGCCUGGCCCCUGUGUGGCAACGAGCAUGUCGAAUCUUCACUUAUCUUGAGUCUGGUUAGGCUUUGCUUAACACACACAGGGACAAAGCAGGACCUUGUGGCCGAGUUCACCCACCUCAAGGUGAAGAGGAAUGUUGCUAAUUUUCUAGCAGAUUAGACCAGCAUUGAUAUUCAAACUGAAAAUAUCAGGCCUCAAAAAUACAAUUAAGCUCCUAAAUUGUCUAUAGUAGCUCUUUGUCAUUUUAUUUAGUUGACCUCAGCAGAGGUAAACAGUUGCUUGGUGCCGUAUUUACCAAGUGACAGGAUUGGUUAUUUUCUCACAAAAUGAUGGGAGCCUUCCAUGGAGUUCUUGUGACCUUCAGUUUAGAAUAGGGAAUUUAAAUUAUGAUUGAUUUUCCAAAGAUGAUAUACCAUCUUGAAUUGCUUUUUUAUGUUUUACUCAAUAACAGAACAAUGUAUUAAUCAUUUUCCCCUUUCAUGUGAAAAUUUAGAACUGUGAAAUGUUUAGGAACGAACUGUGUAAAGCACACUGGAAGGGAAGAGAAAUGUCUCCAGCCCAGUUAAAACCUGCACAAUUCUGUAUUUGGACUCCUGGCUUCUACCACAUACAGAUAGCUUACUAGAGAAUGUUCAUGCAUACUGGGUACAUUGAUUUUCCCAGGAGAAGUUCGGUUCCUACAGCAGAGAUGACUUUACAAUAGUGCCUCAGAACACGAAGGCAGCAUUUUUGCCUUUUCAAACAGUGUUUAUUGUCACUGCGUUUUGCAGUCCUUGUCCUUUUGCAGAUAGGUUAUUUGGGCAUCAUUUUCCCCAGAGAGGGUUUAUUGUAUGCAAGAAGAAAUUUUAUUCUAGAGCUCAAAAGUCAAGAUGUAAAGAUUUCAGAAGACAUUGGUCAGUAGAUACCAAGUAAAUACCCCUCUCGGCUGUUCCCCACUUAAAUGUCACAAGUCUUGGGAUCAGGAUGCUAUUGGAUCCAGGAGGUUUCCUCCCCAAACAACCAAGUCUUAUUACUUAGGAGAGUUGAUAUAGCUUCUAGAUUCUACGGAGUUGUCAUUCUAGAGUCUCCAUUCUAUUGAAAGCCAUUAGCUGAUCAGUUGCUUGAAUCUUCUGAAAAUACCUUCCUGUGUAUUAUCGUCUAUCCUCCUAUAAGGAUGAAGGGCAGCACAGUCUUACUUUCUGAUGAUAGAAAUUGCCUUAAGGGUGUGAUGUAAAGGUGGUGGGGGAGAAGGAAAUAUUUUCUUUCUGUUUCUCAGUUAAAAGUAAACUAUGUUCUGUAUGUUCAAAGUUAGCAAUUAAGACAAUGUGCAUAUGGUGUUUUCUUGUGAAAAUGACUUUCUCAUUUAUGGUUUAAAAAAUGUUACACCAGUUCUGCUAUAUCAGUUUACAUCUCCAUGGUUCAUGGAAUGUCUGGUUCAUUUUCAAUAAAUAUGUUGCUGCCAU